AGUCACGCGGGUCGGAGGUGGUGGCUAACCUGAAGCUAACGUGAAGCUAACCCGGUGACCGGCGGGACAGACCAGGAGGAUCCGUCAAAGCGGCGGUUCGACGCGUGGACUCAAUAUAAAGCGUCCGUCACAGAUUCAGUUCAACCUCCGGCUGCGUUCGAGGGAAGUGAAGUUCCACUGGAGCCGGAAGCGGAGGCACGAAGCGGCGACCGAGAAGGUAAGGAGCGAUGUCGCACCACUCCCGUAGCUCGUCUCGGACCGGGGACUGUAAAGUGUACGUGGGUGACCUGGGCAAUGGAGCUGCCAAGGGGGAGCUGGAGCGAGCGUUCAGUUAUUACGGCCCACUGAGAAGUGUGUGGGUGGCGAGGAACCCCCCCGGGUUUGCCUUCGUGGAGUUUGAGGAUCCCAGAGAUGCAGAAGAUGCUGUCAAAGGCAUGGAUGGAAAGCUUCUCUGUGGUUCCCGUGUUCGUGUGGAGUUGUCGACGGGCCUCUCCAGGAAGGGCCGAGGGCGCCCCAGCCGACGCCAGUUCGACCCCGCGGACCGGUGCUACCAGUGUGGGGACCGAGGGCAUUACGCCUACGACUGCUACCGCUUCAGCAAGAGGGGCCGUCGCAGCAGGUCUCGCUCCCAUUCCCGGUCUCGCUCCAGGUCCCGGUCCCGUGGACGUCGUUAUCGCUCCAACACCCGCAGCCGCAGCCACAGCCGGAGCCGUCGCAGAUCUCCGUCUUACUCCAGACGCAGGAGCAGGUCUGGCUCUCCAGCCCGCAACAAGUCCAGGACUCCCGUGAGAAGUCGCUCCAGAUCCCGCUCUCGCUCUGGCUCGGCGCCGAGAAGACGCUCUGUCUCUCGGUCCCGCUCACGCUCUGUUCCAGCCAACCACAAGAAGAGCAGCGUGUGGUGGGACCUGAGCACUGCACUGACACCACAGCUGAUCCCAGGCCCAGGGUCUGCCAGCUGGCGGUGUGUACGUCCUGCGGGAGGGUGACAAAGCGCUGACCUGAGAUCAGCCUUCUUCUGCAUCUGGUGUUAGACAGCGAGAAAGAGGUCGACCUACAGACCGAACCCUCCCCACAGUGAAUGGGUGACCGUCUGUUCAACCGACGCACACGCUCAGACGAGAUCCGCCCGCGCACAUACAGUUGUUCUACUUGAGCCAGCCAGCCUUCAGACGUACCAGAGGGCUGACCCACACAGAUCAGACCUCGACCACUUCCUUUUUUAAUCCAUUACCGACCUACCAGACCCCCUACCUACCUACCAGAGUUCUUCGGCCUCUGUCUUAGCUUCUGAGAGUGAGUGAGAGAGAGAGAGCUGACGAGAGAUCAGUCUUCAAGAGCCUCCCAGCGCAGUGUCUCUACGAGUUGUAGUCAUCCGUCCUUCAGUCCUAUCAUCCUUCGCUUCUGUGUUCUUGUUGUUUCUGCCACUGUCUCCAAAGGUAACCAAAAAUUAAACCCCCCUGACAAGCUCAUGUUGAUGAUGAAAGAAAAUGCACAGGUCUCAUGUUAUCUGGGAAAACUGGAGAUAAUAAAGCUAAAGUUGAGCCUUUAUGUAAGUUUUUACUAUUGCUAUAGAGCCACGGUUAGCAUUAACAGCUUUUUGUCAGAAGAAAUCUUACAGGUUUGGCAUUCAACUAAAUUUCAUAAUAGUCUCAGACUGUUUUGUUUUUGCUUCUAUCACUACUUUAUUUCACACCAAACCUUUUAACUGGGAACACAUGGUGGAGUAGAACACAGGUUCUGGACAGCACCACCUCAUCUGUUGAACGCUUGACUUGAGAGCAGAUCAGACGCCACAGGGAAGAGAUGGGAAGGGCCAAGCUGGGUAGCAUGCUGACUUGCAUAGAAGCAAUGAAGUGAAAGUAAUGGAAGUAAAACAAGAGAUGAAACUGCUGUAACUUUCCAUCACUGGAGACGGCAAGUUAAAGGAAUUAAGUUUGAUGAUGAACUUAGGCUGUUGAUGCUAACACUUGACAUGUAUCAGUAGUAAAAACGUACAAAUAGACACUUUUAAAAGCAUGCACGGUGUAAAGAUGUGUGUCUGCAUGUGAGUGAAUGGAUGAGUGAGGGGGAGAGAGGAAGGAGUUUUAUGGGCGGAUAUUUCUGAGGAGGCUUUGUCAGAUAUGAUUAUCUUGUGUCACACAUGUCACAACAUCCUUACCAUUUAAUCUUUUUUCACCAUUAUAAUAGUAUAAAACUAAUGUUACCUUUUCAAAUCCGUAGUUUCCAUGAGUCCUUUCUGCCCCCCCCCCCUUCUGUGUUAAUAGAAGUGGGAGGAUUAACACUUAACGCUUCAAUUUACUGUAAAAUGUUUGAUUUCCCCCAAAUGUUCGAGGAUAUACUUACCUUUUAACCCCGUAGUUACUUUCUCAGACACAAAAAAUAAUUUCAUGAGAAAAAUGUAACACUUAACAGAUACAAAUAAUCCAGUUUGGUUUAUUUGGGACUUUGAGUUCAGAGGACAGUUAUCAUAUCAGCGCCCAUCCAGUCUUUCACAGCGGGUGUAUUAAAUGUGGGAUAUACUUUUUUAUCUGAUCAUCCUUCCAGCCUCCACUGUGUCGAGCUAACUCUGCUCUGUUUCUGUUUCAGUCGUUCCCGUUCAGGAAGUCCAAACCGAAGCCCUGCGGUAGCAGUUGCCUGAGCGAUGAAGACUAUUUGACACACACACAUGCACACUCAAACACUCUGCAUUUUCAGCCCUAAAGCAGCUGUUUUUUUUUUGUACUUGUAUGUCUGAUCUCUGUUGUUGAAAAUUUAUUUUCUCCCCAGGGCUGCAGCUUCUGUGCAGGCUCAGAUUGUUAUAGCUGUAGUCAGUGCAGUAGGCGGAAAUCUGAUUGUUUUAAAUGUUUUGCUGCUGUUAUAGGCCGUCUCUCUUCUCAGAAGAUUUAGGACGUUAAGGUAACACAGAGAGUUGCAGCUGACUUUUAGCAGUGGUUCGACAGUUCACAGUAAACUGCAGUUGAAGAAAAGCCCAGGUUUUGAGGGUGAGGACAUAGUACUGAAAAACUGCUUUUAUUCUUGAACAGUAAGUUUAUUUCCCCCCUUUGAAAUGCAAAGAUAGUUUUUUUGUCUUGCACUCAUUGUGAAUUUUGAGUUUAAAUGCUGUGUAGUGUUUCCUCAUAUAAUGGCAUGAACGAAAACUUCCUGGCCUGCAUGCCUUUAAAUAUGUGACAUCUCAUUCCUACUGCUUGUCAUGUUUGUGAUGCACUGCCCUUUUUACAAACCGAUCAGCUUCCCUCCUUGCAGAAAAAGACCUCUUCAUCCCCCCGUGUGUGGAUUCCUCAUUUGUUCCUGUGACUUUUUGAUUUUAAAGCACGUAUGAACAGCGCUGAAGUUUGAUUUGACCGUUUGGCUCUGUUCCUGGCUUCUACAGUGAGACAGUGGCAGUUUUAUUUUUGAAUAAACCUCUUCAACAAAAA